CAUUAGGCCUGUAGGCUCGUGUCUCAGCGAUGCGGAGAAAGCGGAAGACAGGUCGCUUGUUCUACUUCUACCUGGCCUCGCAGGCUUCGCAAGGCGGCCACACGCCGAUACCUCCUCCUUCACCCGCUCCGUCGUCCCCCACAGCCGGCCACGCCACCAUGCUGCCACCGGCCGCGCGCCUUGCGGCCCGCCGCCUCCUCGGCCUCGCCUCCGCAUCUGCGUCGGAAGCCGCCGGCCGCCGGGUAGCUUCCUCUCCGAUCGCUUCCGCAGGCUACUCCGCCGCCGCGUCCAGGGGCUCCGUCUCCAGCACCAGGCCCUUCUCCACGGCUCUUAACUACCACCUUGAUUCCCCGGAGAACAAGCCGGACAUGAAAUGGGAGUUCUCACAGGCGAAUAUGAAGAAGGUCAAUGAGAUUCUGUCUCACUAUCCAAGCAACUACAAGCAAUCUGGUAUUAUUCCGCUGCUUGAUCUUGCACAGCAGCAGCAUGGUGGAUGGGUGCCAGUUGCAGCAAUGGAUGCUAUUGCUAAAAUCGUCGAAGUUGCACCAAUCAGGGUUUAUGAAGUUGCAACCUUUUAUACCAUGUUUAACAGGACUAAGGUUGGUAAAUACCACCUUCUGGUGUGUGGAACUACACCUUGUAUGAUUCGUGGUUCACGUGAAAUCGAAGAGACGUUGUUGGAGCACCUUGGAGUUAAACGAAAUGAGGUGACCAGUGAUGGUUUAUUUUCUGUUGGAGAAAUGGAGUGCAUGGGUUGCUGUGUGAAUGCUCCUAUGAUUGCUGUGGCUGACUACUCGAAAGGCUCAGAGGGUUACACAUAUAACUACUAUGAGGACCUCACUCCAAAACGAGUUGUUGAGAUUGUUGAGAUGCUUAGAAGAGGUGAAACACCCCCUCGAGGUACACAGCACCCAGAGCGAAAAAACUGUGGCCCUGCCGGGGGGAACACCACCUUGCACGGAGAGCCGAAACCUCCUCCAUGCAGGGAUCUGGAUGCCUGCUAGGUUUGCUUCGGAGCAUUACGAGCACGCGCAUAACUUGGCUCGUACUGUAAGGUGUGCAAACUGCACACAGCGGAGGCUGUGUUAUUUGUAUUCUGAAGCUUUCUUGUGUUUCGUCAAGAAAGCUUCUCUAACUUUUAUCCUGCACUAUCAGAUAAACGGUAAAUUGAUAGAGAAUAAGAUGUUUUCGAGCUCAUGUUUAGUGGCAAACGCUUU